UGAGGUUAGCUCAGAGAACAGCUUUGCCCUCAGAACAGAUGCUACUUUUCCGGUACCAACCUCAAGAGCAGACUGAAAACGAUUAGGGCAAAAGAUAACAAGAGCAGAGAAUUGACUUCACAGACGAGAGAGAAGGAGGCAGAGGGAGUAACUGACAGGAGGGAAGUCUUUUGGGGAGGCGCUGAGUUUGCCACCUGUAAGCUUCACAUACACUGUGUUCAGCGACAGCAGUAAAGUGUGAGAGAGGUGGAGGAGCAGUUUGUGUUGUGUUGUAACUUUGUCGAUUCCUGAUGGCGUCUGGUGCUGGCAGCAGAGUGGAGGAACAGCCGCCAGUGCUGCCUGUCAAACAGCACAGGAGUCAGUCCUUCAGACGCUCCAGUGUGGAGUCUGACUGUGUUAUGCUCAGCACUGUUGGACUCCAGCAUCAAAACUACGCAUACAACGAUGUCUUCCCUGAACCCACUGAUUGUCAUGCAGCCCGGUGCCCCAUACACCAGCGCUACGAUCCCUCCCGACACCAGGUGAGAUUUUUCUCUGAUGGCACCCCGCCGCCUGUUCCAAAGAAGAGGUUAGUUCGCACCCUCUCCCUCCCUGUCACCGAUGGGCCUCCACUCUCUCCUCUGUCUCCACUGCAAAGAUACCAUCAAAACUUUGACAACCCCCUGUACAUGCUGGCACCUAUACCCGACACCUAUUUCCAUGAGGAGACACUCCUCUGUGAGUUUAAACCAGUCAGAGGGAGUCAUGUCCCCUUGCUGUCGUUGUCCCAACUGUCCUUUGACACCCCAGACGAACAUCUGCCCUACCUUUUCAGCUGCUUUGAGGACCAGAGGGUUGUUUGUCAGGAGAUUCAGCAUCACCAUUUACUCUUUCUGAGAAGUAUGGCACAGAGCGUGGAGGCUAGGAUCCUGCUGAAGGGAGAGGCAGCAGAGAGGCACGUAAGCUCAUACCAGCCUCAGGAUUUCCUGCUGUGUGAGGGCAGCGAGCCAAAGCAGAUCGGAGACACGGUUUACUACGGUCUGCACAGUCCCAAGCUCCCAGGGAGGGUGCUUGGUUUAAGGGUACACAAAGAGACUGAUGAAGCUUCCUCGGCCCACACCAAACACCAGCCAUCGCAUGUCAAUGUACAAGAUGUUAUUGCUCGUUUCCACCCAAGCAGAAUCCUGCAGAAUGAUUCCAGCAUUCUACAAACUCAAGAUCCCUCUCAUCCUUUUAAGUCAGACUGUACUGCUGCUAAACCAACAGGUGGAGGCAGCACUGAGGAUGCCACAGACCUUGUGAACAUUAAUCUGCCCUCAGUUCAGUCUUUCCUCCAGAAAGGACACUCAUUUAGCAUUGAGAGAGACCUGCCACACGCCACUCUAGAGGACUUUGUUCAGGAUAGCAGCUUGCUGCAGAGCACAGAUUGUUUGGAUUAUGACAGACAGGUAUGCAUUCUGUUGCUGCAGAUCUUAAUGGGCUCACAACAUCUGUGCAACAUCAGUGCCACUGCAGCUGAGUUCAGACCUCAGAAGAUCUUUUUAGUGUGGCCCAACGGAGAGAAGGAAGAGGGAGAAAACAAGCUAGAACAGGAUGUCUCUGAAGUGAAGCAAGGUCUCAAGACCAGUAGAUUGAAAGAAGAAAUGGAGUGGGAAAAGACAGAGAAGAAAGGAAAGAUCCAGAUGUUAUGGAGGACACACGGUUCCCCUCGUGUAGUGAUAACCCUGCUAUCAUCUGCUCUUGCUGUACCUCACCCCCUCACCUACAUGAAAUCCCAAAUUAGAGCCCUAAUUCAAUACUGCCUCAACUCACAAGAGAGCCUGAGAUCUCUGGGCUCAGUUCCAACUAUGUCCAUGUCCUCAUACCGAAGGGGGCUUCUUUAUCUGGCCUCUCUGCUCCAGAGUGACAGCAAUGAGCCACAGAUGACAGACAUGGUGGCCAUGCUUCAGGUGCUCCUCUGGGGGCCACGUGUCCCACUCUUCAAUCACAGAGGCUCUGUGACAACCAUUGUACACAACUGGCUGACAAUCAAGCGAGCCCUGCUGGUGAUGAAGUUGGCAGAGAGAGGGCUGAUCCAGGAUCAGUCUGUUCUGGAUUGGGAGGAUUGUAUGUGUCUGCAAUACCUGUCAUUUACAGACCCUGAGACAGUUGUGAGCGUGACCAGUCAGCUAUGGCUCACUCUGAAUGUGGACUGACAUUUAUAAUCAAUAUGUGAACAUUUGGAGUCAAAAAUACAUUAAGAAUGUGUAUGGCGUUUCCAUCCUUCCUUCAACAAUUAGGAUCUUCAUAUACUGCUCUUAAUACUGCUCUAAAAAAAUGGCUGCACUUUGAACAUUUGAAUGAUUGAAUAUUUGUUGCUGUAACACUGAAGGCCCUGUAAAUGUAUUUUCUCACCCAGCAGCUGUAUUACUGUUUUUUUCUGUGGUCUCCUCACUGGUUUGAAGUGGGCAGGACUCAUUUAGAUAAAGGUGAUGUCACACAUUUCCAUGCACCAAUCAGCAACAUUUGAGUCAGAAUCUGAUGACAGUUGGUGGGUUGCCAGCCCACUUUCAAUAGCUUUGACUUUUAAACUCUUAAUAAAUAAUACCAAACUGA